CCGCCAAUCAAGUUUUAUGGUCCCAUUAAAAUACCUUUUGACAUCAUUUGGAUGCUUUGGCGUAGGAUUCCAAAUCUGCAGUAUUUUUCUACACAGAGUGGAUACCGUUUAUUUGAGUACAGAGUUGUAAUAUCCCGUAGAACAAAACAAUGGUUUUGUUGUUGUUAAAUCUUAAAUAUUUCUUAAUUCUCAAAUCUUAAUAGUGAAUAACACUUUUGUGAACAGUUGCUUUUUCCAAGAGAAAACUGGACUUUCUGGUUUUUCUUUGAAGACGUUUUCCUUCUCAUCCAAGAAGCUGCUUCAGCUCUGUUUCUGUUUAAAGAUGUUAGUGCUGGAUUGAAUUACAUUAUCAAUAUACGAAGAUAAUCAGAUAUUUUAUUACGCAGAAAAGACUGCCAAUCAGGAUUGCACGAUAUGCUUUUCCCCCUGCUAACAAACUGACUCUUCGUCGACAUAUUGGAAAGUAAGCAAAAUUUAGCUGCUCAACGUUUAAAGCUGCGCCCCCCCCCCAAAAAAAAACCCGAGCGAUUUUCUGUAUCUCUGACUGUUCUUGCCUUUUCCCUUAAGAUUUGGGCCGGCCGGCCCAAGACUACCCAGGGCAGCGAGACAAAGGGGUUCCCGGAAUCCUUGGGCCCGGCCCAGAAUCGCUGCCUCGCUUGGCCGUAUUUGAAGGGAGAACACCCGGACGGAGGAGCCUCCUUAGCGCCAAGAAAGAAGUGAGCGCGGAAGCCUCCCGUCCGCUUCUCCCCGCCGGGGCGGAGCGGGGAAAUGUCACCCCGCCGGCGACCCGCCCCGGAGACGACGGCCGCCCCGGGGCGCGCUGAGGCGAAGCGGCCAUGGCUUUCCUCCGGCUGGCCCAGCUCGCCGCUUGGUGCUGCUGCUUGGCCCCGCUGCACGCGGGAAGCGGCGGCACGGAAGUCCCCCCGGGGCCUUGGGAGGCCUCGGAGGAGUUGGGGGACGCCGACGCCGCGGCCCGUUUCUUUCAGCCGGCGCAGCUGCACGCCGGGCUGGCGGUGGCUGCCGCGCCGUCCUUCCGCGGGCCUGGGAACCGCGACCGCCGCGCCAACCGGGAGCUGCCCAUCCUGUUAUGGUGGAGCGGCGGCCUCUUCCCGCACUUCCCCGGCGAGACGGCGCGCAUCGACUGCCCGCGGGGCUCCUGCUUGGCCACCAAGGACCGCCGCGUGCGAGCGCACCGUCGGACCCGGUCGCUGCUCUUCUACGGCACGGACUUCCGGGCCUACGAGGCCCCGCUGCCGCGGCUGCCCCACCAGACCUGGGCCCUCUUCCACGAGGAGUCGCCCAUGAACAACUACCUGCUCUCGCACGGCGCCGGCAUCCGCCUCUUCAACCACACCGCCACCUUCCGCCGCCAGUCCGACUUCCCGCUCAGCCUCCAGUGGCUGCCCGACCUGGCCUACCUGCGCCGCCCACCGCCGCGCGGCCUGCCCGAGAAGGACCGCCUGCGCAGCCAGGGGCUGGCCCCGCUGCUCUACCUGCAGUCGCACUGCGACGUCCCCGCCGACCGCGACCGAUACGUGCGGGAGCUCAUGAAGCACAUCCAGGUAGACUCUUAUGGUAGAUGCCUGAACAACCAAAAACUUCCCAAUAUGAGAUUGAUGGACACUUCUACAGCCACUACAGAGGACUCUGAAUUCAUGAAUUUUAUUUCUAAAUACAAAUUUCACCUGGCUAUGGAGAAUGCCAUAUGUCCUGAUUAUAUGACAGAGAAACUUUGGAGGCCAAUGCAUGUAGGGGCUAUCCCUGUAUAUCGAGGUUCACCAUCUGUACGAGACUGGAUGCCUGCUAAUCAUUCCAUUAUUCUUAUUGAUGAUUUUGGAAGCCCUAAAGAACUUGCAGAAUAUAUUGAUUUUUUGGACAGGAACUCAGACGAAUAUUUGAAAUAUCUAAAGUACAAGAGUCCACAUGGUAUUACAAACCAGUUCUUGCUUGAGAACAUGAGGAAGCGUGAAUGGGGGAUAAAUGACAUGUCUCUACCUAAUUAUCUAAAUGGAUUUGAGUGCUUCGUCUGCGACCGAGAAAAUGCAAGACUUAAUGCAGAGAGAGACCACAAAAAAACUCAUGGGAAAUCACGAGCUCCAGAAGUUCAUAUCGCACAGACCACACACAUGGGAUGUCCUUUACCAGCACCUGGUUAUGGCAAUAUUGAAGACAUUCCUGAUGGAGACAGCUGGAAAGAAAUGUGGCUUCAAGAUUACUGGCAGAGUCUUGAUCAAGGAGAAGCUCUCACAGCUAUGAUUCAUCAUAAUGAAACUCAUCAAGGGAAGUUUUGGGAUUAUAUGCACAAAAUCUUCUUGAAAAGAACUCAGCAUAACUAACCAAUUAGGAUUCUUUGUUAUAUGAACAAUGGGCAGAAUAUGUACUCUUACCAACUUGCCUUACAUGACAACUAAAUGUGUUAAAUCAGGCAGAUACUAGACCCACCAUUCAGGAAUAAGACAAUAACAUUUUUGCCAAAAUAUUUUAAUGAGAAAUUGUUUUUAUAAAAUAUUUUUGUUAAAAAGUAACUACUACUGCAAUUCAUUAUAUAGCCUUUUUAAUUCUGUAAAUAAAAGUUCUUUGUACAUAC